AUGAGCAAAACUGAAAAACCUCUUUCCACUCUUUGGGGUUGUGAACUCAAUGAAUCGAAUAAAGAGGAAUCGUUCAAGACGGAUGAUACAAACCAUCAACACCAGCUGGCGCUUAGAACAAUGUGUCUGGGUCACACUGCCAAAGAUGAGUUCAAUAUUGUGGAGCUGGUCACUGGUGAGGGCAACAGCAAGGCGAAAGCUGUUCCCAUAGCAACACUACAUGCGAAAUCCAUGCCAACGGUCAAUCUGUCUGGUUUGGAUCUUCAUCCACCUGUGACCUUUCGCCUUAAGCAUGGCUCUGGGCCUGUGUAUGUGGGAGCUGAACAUGUGGCCUUGGAGGAGUAUUCUGAUGAUGAAGAGCUGGAUGAAGAAAUGGAUGAGGAAGUAGAAGAGGAGGAAGACAUUGAAGAAUCACCAGUAAAGAAAGUCAUAAAAAAUGGUGCUGGCAAAAGAAAGAAACCAGAAAAGGCAGAAGAUGAGGAAGUCUCAGAUGGUGAAAAUCCACCUAAAAAGGGUAAAGGAAGGGGACGGAAGGCAAAGGUGUGA